AGUCUGCAUGCAGACGAUUGCCUGCCACGACAUCAACGGCAACUGCACCGACAGCUGCUUCUCUGGCCUCGUUCCUCUCGACGACCGCUGCCAGGGCGGCUGCGUCUGCUGCGUCGAGCCCCGGUGUCGGAAUACGGUCGACUGCGCCUUCAUGGGAGGCCACUGCGACGCGACCUGCGAUGACGACGAGUUCGAGUACCCUGGUCUUUGCCUCUCCGGAAACUGUUCCUGCUGCGUGAAAAAGGAAUGCACGCAAAGUAAAUGCUGCACCUUUCCUGGAGGGAGAUGCGACUGGAAAUGCAAAGAUGACGAAGUUACAGAAAAAGAUCUUUGUAUCGGAGAUUGCCUUUGCUGCUUCCAAGACAAGUGCCCAGACAGCCCCAAGUGCCAGGCGCUGGACGGGCGCUGCGUGGAGAGCUGUGAGGCGGACGAGCUGGCCGUCCCGUGGCUCUGCGGAGGCGAGAACUGCACCUGCUGUGUCAAGAACAACUGCAACCAGACCAAGUGCUGCGAAGCCUUCGGCGGAAGCUGCGGCAAGAUGUGCCACGAAGGCGAGGAGCCCAUCGAGGGCGUGUGCGAAGGAGCGUGCCAGUGCUGCGCCAAGGCCCCGUGUGAGCAGAGCAACUGCUGCAACGUCCUGGGCGGCAGAUGCAACGCCACGUGCGGCCGAGGCGAGCGAGCCGUCGAGGGCGUCUGCCACGGAGAGCACUGCCUCUGCUGCGUGCCGGAAGACCCUUGUCCCGACAGCGCCACCUGCCUGGAAAUAGGAGGCCACUGCGACCCAUCCUGCGAGAGCCACGAGGUCGGCUAUCCCUAUUACUGCCCCGACAGGUCUUGUCUCUGCUGCGUCGAGAGGACGACAACGAUCCCUCCGACCACGUCCACAUCAACGGUCUCAGGUGCUCAUCUUCACAACAGGUUUGAUCGAUCUGCCAAAACCACGACUUCCUACGUCGUCCCACAGGCUUCCUCCAUUCAUGGUUGUCUUGCACAGAACCUGGUGGGCUGGAUCAUCAUGUGGGAAACAAACCAUGUGGCUGUACAGCCUUAG